AUGGCCGGACAUACUACCCGCACCUGUGUCACUGCUAGCACCAGUGGAAAGGCUCCGAAGGCUGUCGCCAAGAAGGCUGCUGCUCCGGCUCAGGCUAAAGGUGCCAAGGCUGCUGCAGGGCGCAAGACCGCAGCUCCUGCUCGCAAGGCCCCAGUGGUGUCUGCCACUAACGACGCCGAGGAAGCCUCCGACGAGUCCGACAUCCAGACAGAGUCUGACCUUGGCAUGGAGGAGGCUGCUGCUGACAACACCUCUGACAACGAAAGUGUCUCUGCGGAUGUCAUGACGAUCAGCGAUGACGAAGAAGACAGCUGCCAGGAGGUUGAGCUGACCCCAAAGAUUGGACGCAGCCGUGCUGCCAAUUCUAGCCCACCGUCUACCCCGAAGACUCCGUCACCUGUCAAGGCCGGUCGUGGCAGAGCCGUCAAGCCAAAGUCCACCCCUGCUAAGUGUGCCAAGCAGGUGGACUCUGAGGACUCCGAGGAUGAUAGAAUCUCUCCUGUGAAGAAGGUUAAGACGCUUUCCCCGGGCAAGCAGAGUUUUGUCCCUCUCCCCUGCACGCAGACCAUCAGAGCGCAAGACUUUGGCAACCCGAAAUGUGCCAUCACAGCUAUGCCGCUGCCCCUGGGUGUACCUGCUAACGGCAUGAUGUACGGGGGUCCUGCCUGCCUGCCUGCAUAUGGGUAUCCCUCUACGCCUGCGGCAUACACCCCACCAACAGCACGCUCCCUCCCACAUACCGUCCCUACUCUGCCAUUGUGUAACUCCAUUCCCACUCUCCACUCUGCAGACUUGGCUAUGUUGAUUGUCUCGAGCAACUCCGCUAUGUCACUGAGCUCUGAUCUUGUCCCGACAGUUAACUCUGUAAAGAGCAACCUCAUACUUGGGCAUUGA